AUUGUGAAAAGCUUUGUCGGAAAUGAUGCACCGGUGCGCGGGAAAACGGUUACUGCGUCAGUAAAACUGUUUUCAACAAACCGAUAACGGGUCGUUUAGCGCAGCGGAAAACCGGACAAGAAACAGAUCUGCGCCACAGCUGAGGAAGAGGAGGAUGAAAUGAGCGAAAGCGGAACUCAGCUGUUUGCUCGUCUGGACGCUCGGCGCUGUCUGAAGGACAUUGAACCUCGUGUGUUCCCUGAUAAUGGAGGACCUGACCACGGUGAGGUGGUGGAGGUGUACGGAGCGGAGGGGACAGGUAAGACAGAGCUGCUCUACCACCUGCUGUGUCGCUGUGUGCUGCCCAAGGAGACCGGUGGUCUGGAGGUGGACGUUGUGUUUGUGGACACGGAUUACAGUCUUGACAUGUCAAGACUUGUCAGCAUCCUGGAUAGCAAACUGAGCUCAGGUCUUUCCACUUGCUCCACCUCUGCUGGAUCAGAUGAGGCGGUUCUGCGUUCCUGUCUUUCUCGCCUCCUCGUCGUCCACUGCUCCUCCUCCUCCCAGCUUCUGCUCACACUUCACUUCCUGGAGACCACCUUAUCUUCACGGCCAAGCGUGGCACUCCUCCUCAUUGACAGCAUCUCUGCGUUUUAUUGGUCUGACAGCAGUGAGGGCGGAGCCAGCCUUAGCAAACGGGAGGAGAAGCUCAGCAAGUGUUCAGAGCUGCUGGGUCGACUGCUCAGGGAUUACAGAAUCACCAUCUUUGCUUCCUGCCGAACCAUCAGGAGGAGUUCCAGUGGCUCCUCCUCCUGUGUAGAAAUGGACCGCCCUUAUCUCUGUCGCCCCUGGCAGUGCCUGGUCACACACCGACUGCUGUGCUCCAAACGAGAAGCCGACACCGAACAGAUGAGGCAUCCAGUCUUCUCCAUCCACACCUCCUCCUCUUCCUGGACUGGGACCAGGGGGUCCAGAACCAGCUUCUUCAAAGUGACGGAUGGGGGGGUGGAGUUCCUCUGAGUUUCUGGUUUCGGUGAAAACAUUUCUGACCCAGUUGUUUCAAUAAAAUCCUCAGAUCAGAA